AUGGUUCAUAUUGCAGAUGCUCUUCAACGAAUGCAUCGAGCAGAGAAACAUGGACAAGCAUUAGCUUUGUCACUCUAUCAACAUAUUUUAACACCAUCAAUGACAACAAAUUGGUCUAUGCCCUUAAUUUUUUGUCAACUUAAUGAAAGUUAUUGUACACCGCUUGUUAACAUCGAUAAAUUUUCUGCAAUUGUUUACAAUCCGUCAUCAAUAUCUAAUCAAGUUUGGAUGCGUAUUCCUGUUGCAGAACAACAGACUAUCAAUCUCGAUAUUGAUAAUGUGAAGAAAUUUUCAAUUGAUGCUAUUGAGAUUGGCACUAUCAAUUUAUCACCUAUUCUUCAAAGUAUUCCAAUUGUUCAAGCACGUAAUCAAUUACAAGAAUUAAUUGUUCGUGUUCAUGUACCACCAUUAAGUUUACAAGCUAUUCCAUUCAUUAUAUCAAGUAGUGACACAAUAUCACACCAAGCAAGUGGUUUGUAUGUUUUCCGUCCGAUUGGUACAAAUCCACCACAACAAGUUAAUAUAAAACAUUUUUAUUGUUUCAAACACAAAGGUUAUGAAGAAAUCAUUCAAGUUUAUUCGUCAUAUGUUAAUCAAUCAAUUCGUUUACUUGACAAUUCACCUUACAUUGAAUUCGAGUGGAUUGUUGGACGAUUAAAUACAAAUGUCGAAUUCGUUACUUCCUAUGAAAGUAAAGAUCUUAAUAAUAAUGGGAUCUAUUAUACAGAUUCUAGUGGACGAUCAUUAAUGAAGCGAAUACGAGAUCAACGUGACGGAUAUCGUUUUAAACAAAGUGAACAGAGUGCUGGUAAUUAUUAUCCAUUAGUAACUGGUAUCAUGAUCCAAAAUGCACAGCAAGAUUUACAAAUGAGUAUAAUUACUGAUCGAGCCCAAGGUGGUGGUAGUAUAAAAGAUGGACAAGUCGAAAUUAUGCUCCACCGACGUGUCUUAACCGAUGAUAGUCUCGGCGUAUCUGAACUUCUCAAUGAAGUCGGUAUUGAUGGUCAAGGUUUAGUUGUUCGAGGUCGUCAUCUACUGUCAGUAGCUAAACCUAAUGAUAGCAUGAAAUUUUUUCGUGAAUAUGCAUUAAAAUCCGUUUGGAGACCAGUAAUUGCUUUUCGAGAUGAUAGUAAUGAUCAACCUCUUGAUUAUAAAACAUGGUCAUUAUUAAAAACUGAAUUACCUCCACAAGUAAAUAUUCUAACAAUAGAACCAUUAAGUCAAGAGAAAAAUAUCUUAACUAUUCUUUUUCGUAUUGAACAUAUUUAUGAUCGUAAUGAACAUUCCAAAUUAUCAAAAUCAAUUUCAAUUGAAAUUCAUAAAAUUUUUAAUAAUCAUAAAUUACUUGAAGCUAAAGAAGUAACACUAGGUGCAAAUAUGUAUAAAACUGAAGCAUUUGAUCGAUUAAAAUGGACACCAGAUUCAACCUAUGAAGAUAAAAGCGAAUACAACCAAACGCCAAACUUUGAUGGACAAACAAUUCACUUGGAUCCAAUGCAAAUACGAUCGUUCAUUAUUAAAUUAAAAAAACAUUAA